AUGUUGACCUGGGUUCAAAUCUUGACAAGGGAUGGAGGAACAGAAGACCUACUAAAGGUAAAACCACGACCACCACCACUCCCUGUUCCAGAUGCAAAGUCUCCACCACAGAUUUUUGUUCCUGACGAACUCAUCUGGGAAAUCUUGUUGUUGCUCCCCGUGAAAUCUCUCAUACGAUUCAAGUGCGUAUGCAAGUCUUGGAAGCUUAUCAUCUCCGAUCACCAAUUCGUGAAAUCGCACCUUGGUCGAUCUUCAGCUAACACCACAAACUUCGCACACAUCAAAUUACUGUCCGAGACCAGGGUCUACUACUCUAAACACGGCUACAAAUUACAUGUAUCGCAUUAUUCUGUUUCUUUGUUGUUCUCACCUCAGUACCCAAAGGGUCAUCUCUUCCACCCAAUUGCGACGGAUUUCGAUUUGCUUGGUGUCUGCAACGGCUUGGUCUCUUUUACCAAUUCCAUAUAUAAAUCGCCAUGGGCUUGUUAUGUAUGUUUCUGGAACCCAGCCAUUAGGUUAUGGUCUAAAAUGUCACUACCUUUGCCAUUGCCCAUACAGCAACUCCCGAGUAAUAGCAUUUUUGGGUUUGGAUAUGAUCGUGUGAGUGACACUUAUAAGGUGGUGACGGGCUUUUACUAUAACAAUGAUAGCCAAGUAGGCAUGCAAAGUGUGGUAAAUGUUUACGACAUGAGGGAUAGUUGUUGGAGAAGUAUUCAAUCUUUCCCUCAUAUGCCAUGUAGAUUAUAUCAUUCAAGUAAAGGAGUUUAUGUAAAUAACAAACUUAACUGGAUGUUAGAAUUAAACACUGAGUUGUUUGUCAUUGUUUCUCUGGAUUUGGCGACUGAAGAGCAGUUACAAAUAUCUCUACCUUAUUUUCCUCCAGACGCGAACGAUGAAGACCUCCUUCUUGGGUCUACGAAGGAUUCAUUGUGUGUUUUGCACAAAGUGGACCAUACAAGGUUUGCGAUUUGGCAAAUGAAGGAGUUUGGAGCUCACGAGUCUUGGAUUCAGCUAUUCAACUUUGAUUUUGAAGAACAUCUUAACCUCGUCUCUCUUCCAUUUCAUCUUAAUGGGUUCAUCUUGUCCGAAAGUCAUGAGUGUCCAAAAUUAUGUUGA